AUGCUGCGGUUUCUGCGCCGGACCUUUGGCCGCCGCUCCAUGCAGCGCUACGCGCGGGGCGCGGCAGGGCGCGGGGCCGCCGGGCUGGGGGACGAGCGCGACGGGGGCCCGCGGGGGGGCCCGGCCGCCGCUGUCUCCACGCUGCCCGCCGCGCCCGGGGGCAGCGUGUUCCCGGCCGGCGGCGGGCCCCUGCUCACGGGCGGCGCGGCCGUGCACAUCUCUGCCGCCGGAGCCUCCAAGGCCACCCUGUACUGCCGCGUCUUCCUGCUCGACGGUACCGAAGUGAGCGUGGACCUGCCGAAACAUGCCAAAGGCCAGGAUUUGUUUGAUCAGAUUGUGUAUCACUUAGACCUGGUGGAAACAGAUUACUUUGGCCUCCAGUUCCUCGACUCUGCCCAGGUUCCGCACUGGCUGGAUCAUUCCAAACCUAUAAAAAAGCAGAUGAAAAUUGGACCUGCUUAUGCUUUGCACUUUCGAGUUAAAUAUUAUUCUUCAGAACCGAACAACCUUCGUGAAGAGUUUACAAGGUACCUGUUUGUUUUACAACUCAGGCAUGACAUUCUUUCAGGAAAAUUGAAAUGCCCAUAUGAAACAGCUGUGGAAUUAGCCGCUCUCUGCCUACAAGCCGAGCUUGGGGAGUGUGAGCUUCCAGAACAUACACCAGAGCUUGUGUCUGAGUUUCGGUUCAUUCCAAAUCAGACAGAAGCGAUGGAAUUUGAUAUCUUCCAGAGAUGGAAAGAAUGCAGGGGAAAGAGCCCUGCCCAGGCGGAACUCUCCUAUCUGAAUAAAGCGAAGUGGCUGGAAAUGUAUGGGGUAGACAUGCACGUUGUCAGGGGAAGAGAUGGCUGUGAAUAUUCUCUUGGACUGACCCCGACAGGCAUAUUAAUCUUUGAAGGAGCUAACAAAAUAGGCUUAUUCUUUUGGCCGAAAAUUACCAAGAUGGAUUUUAAAAAGAGCAAACUGACGCUGGUGGUGGUGGAGGACGAUGACCAGGGCCGGGAGCAGGAGCACACGUUCGUGUUCCGCCUGGACAGCGCCCGGACCUGCAAGCACCUGUGGAAGUGCGCCGUGGAGCAUCACGCCUUCUUCCGGCUGCGGACGCCAGGAAACAGCAAGUCCAACAGGUCGGACUUCAUCCGGCUGGGCUCGCGCUUCCGGUUCAGUGGGCGGACCGAAUAUCAAGCGACCCAUGGCGCCAGGUUACGAAGAACCAGCACUUUCGAGAGGAAGCCUAGUAAACGCUACCCAUCCCGAAGACAUUCGACGUUCAAAGCAAGUAACCCAGUGAUAGCAGCUCAGUUCUGCCCUAAAACAAAUCCUGAAGUCCAUAAUUACCAGCCUCAGUAUCAUCCCAGUCUCCACCCCGGCCAACCUCGGUGGCACCCACACUCUCCAAACAUAAGCUACCCGCUCCCUUCCCCAGGGCUCAGCAGCUCGGACCGGCUGCCUUUCGGCCUCGAGGAGAAUGGGGGCGCUCCGUUUACCACCAAGCCUUCGGGAAGGCAUCACCAUCACCAUCACCAACACCAGCACCACACCAGCUAUGGCCUCUCGCUGACCCUGGAGAGCAAGGAGGGGCUUUCCAGGUCCCCAAACUCCAGCAGUAAAUCCCUUACAAAACUGAGUCCGGGAACACCUGCCCUUUUCAGCGAAGCCGCUGCCCAUCUAAAGAAGCUGGAACUGGAAACUGUGAAGCCUGCUGGACCCUGGCCUGCUCUGCACAUCAAUAUAAAUAAGGCCGAAGAGAAAAAAGUUUCUGAAAAGACUCUUCAGACCCCACUUUUGCCGUCCCCCGUGGCUGAUCACGUGAAGUGUAACAUUUUGAAGGCCCAGCUGGAGAACGCGUCCCGAGUGAGUGCCCAGGUUGGAAAAGAGGAAUCAACGUUUGUAAAUAUUAAUAAGAAAUCCACUCUUCAGGACGCUAAUGUAAGAAGUCCUAUUCCUAUACGUGUGGAAACUACACAACCAGCUAUGGAAAAGCCGGAGAUCAAGCCUCCCCGAGUGCGGAAGUUAACAAGACAAUACAGCUUUGACGAAGACGACCUCCCUCCAGACCUGGCCGAGGCAGUGGGAGCGACCACAGCUCCAACCACGGCCACCGCCACCGCCACACCAGUCUCAGUGCCGCUGCUGUCCCCCAAAGCUCACAAGAUCAGCUCGCCUCAGAGCUCAGAAGGCAGAGGCCAGCUGUCCCCGGGGGCCAAGAGCCCCUCUAACCGCGGAGGUGCCUUUACCUUGGAGCCGGGGGAUCUCCUAAUGGAUUUCACGGAAGCCACUCCUCUGGCAGAGCCCGCCAGCGCCCCCCACUGUGCCCACUCUCGCUGUUCUCCUCCACUCUCUCUCCCCAUGAAGGAAGAGACCACUGGAGUUUGCAUGCACCCUCCAAUCAAAACGAGGCUGAUAAAAACAUUCCCAGCUGAUCCAGUGACCCCUUUUCCUGAUCCUUUCAUAACAGGGCCACAGUUUACCGCAGACUUUAGAGACAGUAAAUUACAGUGCUGUCCUGGCCAGUCUUCCCCGCUGAUCCCAGCGGCGACCCUGAGGCCCUUGACAGAGGCCAUGUCCACAGUGCAGACCGUCUAUACCAUUCGGAAGCCUGUUUCUCCGGCGACAAGUGCAGAGACCCUCCGGCAGGAACUGGAGAGAGAGAAAAUGAUGAAAAGACUGCUGAUGACCGAACUGUGA